UUCUUUAUUGAUCCUGUUAGCAGUGACUCUUCACAUUCCAGCUUUCUGCGAGCCCACGCUGUUGACUGUCUGCAGCGGAGCGCUUUGACAGGAAAUCCAACCAAAGAUAAGUUCAUUUUUUUAGUCGGUAUCUGAUUUCCUCCCACUGACGAUCAAGCCACCAGAACGACACCAGUUUCAAAGCUUCAGCUGUGUGCGGACUCAAACUGAAACAACACCAUUUCUCUGUGGCACCGGGCUAAGACACACUUGUUCUGACUGCAGCAUUAAGCAGAAGCAGCAGCGUUUUGGAGCUGAAAGUAAAGCCUGAUGGAAGAAUUGUUUGUGGAACUUCACAGCGGUGGAACACAGCUCCACCUCGAACAGGAAUAAAGUUUUCUCAUCUGCUGCCUUGGAAUUGAGAACUGACUCCAAUGGAAUUGGUCACCAGCAGCCCUAACCAGUCAGUGGAAUUCAUAGCGCAACUGAACUACACCUGCCACUUUGAUGAGGAGUUUAAAUACAUCCUGCUGCCCGUCUCCUACAGCCUGGUGUUCGUGUUCGGCUUGGUGCUCAAUGCAACGGCUUUGUGGAUAUUUGUCAUGAAGAUGCGCCCGUGGAACAUGAGUACGGUGUUCAUGUUCCACCUGGCCUUGUCUGAUUUCCUCUAUGUCCUCUCCCUGCCCACCCUCAUCUACUACUAUGCAAACCGCAGUCAUUGGCCUUUUGGUGUGGCUGCUUGCAAAAUAGCACGCUUCCUGUUCUAUGCCAACCUCUACUGCAGCAUCCUCUUCCUCACUUGCAUUAGCGUGCAACGCUACUUUGGUAUCUGCCACCCAAUUAAGGCACUGACUCUGGUUAAAACCCGUUAUGCGCACUACGUGUGCUACAUGGUGUGGGCUGUGGUGACCGUGUGCCUGGUUCCAAACCUCAUCUUUGUCACCGUGUCCCUGAGGGAUAAUGACACUGUGUGCCAUGACACUACCAGCCAGGAUGCCUUUGAGGAGUAUGUCGACUACAGCUCUGUCGUCAUGGUUUUACUGUUUGUCAUCCCGUUCCUGAUCAUCAUGGUGUGUUACUGCCUGAUGGCACGGGCCUUAUGCCGUCCUAGACUGGGAUUAUCUGCCGCCCAGAAGGGGGCCUCCUCACGUCGGAAAUCCAUCAAACUGAUCAUUGUGGUGCUGGUUGUAUUUGCUCUCAGCUUUGUUCCAUUUCAUGUCACACGGACGGUCUACUACACUGCACGUGUGCUGGAUCUUCACUGUGAAAUCCUGAACAUUGUCAACUUUGCUUAUAAGAUCACUAGACCUCUGGCAAGCAUCAACAGCUGUAUCGACCCUAUUCUGUAUUUCCUGGCUGGGGAUCACUUCCGCACCAAGGUGUUGGCUGCUCUGGCAGUUAAAAAAUGGACACGAAACAGUCAAACACGUAAACACGUGCAAACUAAUCCAAUCGGCAAAGAUGACAUCGCUCUUAAUAAUAAGAACAAAGACCUUAAAACCUAUGAAGAGAUUGAUCAAUAGAGGAGAACAUUCUUAGAUGGACUCAGUUUUACCCUUUAGAUGAAUCCAAACCAUGUGUAAAGGUGUCAAACCAAACUGGUUUGUUUUUAACCUUUUUUUGUGUGUGUGUUUGUAAGUGUUCUCUAAAACUGACUUACAGCAUGUACUACCCCCCCCCCCCAAACCUAAUCUUUACACUUCCCAGCUGUAAGAACAUCUGUUAUUUGGCCUUGAUUUCUUGAGGCAAGUCUUUGUAGUGCACAUUUCAAAUUGUUUCACCAAACAGUCUUUUAUUUAAUUGAUCCUAGAGUAGUCUCUAUAAUACCAUAUAUAUAUUUAAAGUUCUAUAUAAAUGCAACAUAAAUUGAAAUCCAGAUUCAGGUAAACCAGCAGAGAGACAGGUGAAGAGAAUAACUGUGUUUAAAGUAUUGCUCUUUGUCUGACCACACAAGACAGUUACGAGAUAUUCCCCCUCAUAUGUUUUUUUUAAUGAACAAUGCAGCUAGUUCUUGAAUAUCGCCUGAUCACAGCUGUUUUUGUAUUUCAGCUUUCUCACAAGGCUGUUUAAGACAGAACAGUAACCACC